GCCCGCUGCUCUUCAAAAUAAACCCAGCUGAGGCGGUGGUCACUCAGGGGCAGUUAUUGCCUCUAAUUUGUUUUAUCUCGCACUCUGCCACCUCCAACAUGAGAUACCUCGACAUAUUACUGUUAUUAUAUAUGGUGAGCUCGUGCCAUGGAGGUUUAUUCUCGUGGUUAUUUAGGAGUAAGAAGAAUAAGGAGCCGCCCGUUACUACCAACACUGCAGACACUCAGGAGACAGGCAUUGUGACAGACGUUUCAGCAAAAAUACCGUUCGAAAUAAAGUCUUCGGAUGAGAAAUUUUUAAUGGAGGCUGCUGCUUAUACUUCUCUGAAGAUGUCAGAGUUAGAUGUUUGUCAUCACAAGGUUAUCAUUGGAUUACAGACGACAUGUGCAGACUUAACAGAAGAAGAUUUGUCCAGAGUUGCUGUUAAUCUUCUUAAUUGUCAAUCAGUAGCAGAAGGUCGACCAAUUUACAUCUGCACAAAUGACAUGACGCUGUCAGAUUGUACUAAGGAUAUGGAUCCCAACACCUGGAAUGCAUAUCACAUUAUAUCUAACCGUGCAAGAGCAGUUUGCUAUGCAUCUCGUCAGGAGCUGUUUGGUGCUAAGACACAGAUGGCUGUGAACAUGUUAAUGCUUACUGCAGAAGAGCAAAUAAAAACAAUGGAUGUCUUGCAGGAAGGUCAAGAAGCUCUCGAAAGAGCAACCUCAAAAACGCUAGAUUCUCUGAGUGAGGGACACGAGCAUCUUAGACUACAGCAGCAACAGCUUUCUACUGCCCACCAUGCAAUUCACAACUUUGUUUCUUCUAAUCUUCGAGAAUUAUCCAGAGAGAAGAAACUUAUUGCAUCAGGCCAGAGGGAACUUGCUCAUAUUACAGAGGCAAUUAAACGAAAACUAGAGGAAGCACAGAAACAAUUGAUGGUACAAGAAAGCAGUCAGAGAGAUGCUCAUAGCAUCAUUCUUAAAGACCUGUCAAAGAUUCAGGAUAAUGCACUUGAAGUUUGGCAGAAAUUAGAUGCAAGUACUCAGAAAAUCCUAUCAGCUCAUGAAGAAACUGUUCAACAAUAUGGUCGACUGACACAAGAUUUACGGCAAAUGAAUGAGACUGUUCACCAUUUAAUGGAUGUACUGCAGUCCACUAAACGUGGAGUGGAAGACAAGCUGUCUUGGAUCAGUUCUCUUGUCGGUGGUACUGACAACACAAUCCAGAAGGUGUACAGUUGUGUGCUGCAUGCUGCCUACUUUUUCUUGGCAAUGUUGGCUUACAGUUUUUUACAGGUUCCAUUUAUGACACGUAUGGCUCUUGUGGUGCUGGUGCCACUUAAUGCCUUUGCAGAGGUAAAACAUGACACGAGUCUGCCGUUUUCUACCCUCACUACUAUUUUGGCUGUGUGUGUACUGGUGAAUCUCUCGCUUACCUUCCUCUGGGGUGUUUAUCAGUGGCAAAGGAAGAGAAAAACCAUAGCAAAUUUUGGAGUUCCUCCUCCACUGACAUACCAGCUGUCAUCUACUCCAUCAGAAAUCCAGCAGCUGCUACUAACAGAAAAAGUUGAGACAACAUCCCCUGCAAAAGAACACACUAUUACAAGCAGUAGCAGACGGAUGAGUGAUAUAAAAGAAGACAGCUUUUCUGACUACUCUUGUGAUGAUGAGCCAAUGCUGCCACCCCCUGUACCAACAUUAACACGUUCCUUUAUGCGUAGAAGGAUUUUGCGAGAGGCAACGGAACAGUCUAGCUCGCCCAAUAAUUCCAGUGACUGUGAGGUUGAGGAAAACAAGGUUACUAAUCUUCAGAACAGUAACAGUGAUGAUGCAAGCCAAUGUGAGUCAGCAGGCAAGAUGCUGUCAGGUGUGCGACGCCAUCUACUUGAUCAUCUGAACAGCACUGUGCCUUCAGUAUUGCAUCACAACCUUUCUCUUGAUAGCAGAAAUCUGAUAAGUAGUAGUCCACUUAAAGAAACGGAGAAUUCUCGCAGUGACAAAACUUCUAGAAGUAUGACACCAAGAAGUCUCUGUGCUGCUUUAUGCAAAAAUGGACAGAUGUGUCGAAAUUUUGUAAGUGGAGAUAGUGUGUAUUGUUUUCGCCAUGAAAAGAGCUCAAGAGAGAGCACACCCUUCCACUACAGAACUUCACGGGAUAGCACUCCUCUUCGUAACAGAGGAUCACUUGAUUGCAGUCCUCGUAGUAAUAGAGGAUCACGUGACAGUACUCCUCUACGUAAUAGAAAAUCACGAGAGAGCAUUUCUGUUUUAAAUGAAUGAUGUUAUUGGUAUUCAAGGGUAACCUAAUGCUAUAAGAGGUGCUGCCUUUAGUUAAGAUAUAAAUUUUGUUGAUUUGUCUAAUGACAUUUUAACCCUUUAGCAUUCCCUUAACCCAAACUGAGCAGGUUUCUAGGCCCACUUUCUUUUGCAGAGCUAUAUCAAUGCACAGAAGAAUUAAGGUUGCUAUGAGCCAAUAGAGCUGCUCUUUGCCAGCCUUGAGUAACAAAUCAGAUAGCCAUAACACUUUUCCAAGUGGAGUAAGGAGUCGAGAUGUGAACUGGUGUAGUUCUAGAUCUGGGAAUCUCUCCCAAUUGCUCACAAUCCUUCAUAAGUACAAAUAAUUAAGUCACUUAAAAAUUCAUCAACUAUCAAAAUACAUCAUCACAUGAAUAAGUCUUAUAAUGGGCCAUUGAACAACAUAUUAGCAGCACAGUGAAGUCCCUUUAAUAUUUCAAUGACCAAACACUGAAGGGUUAAAUGUUAGAUUUUACCAUUGGUUUUUAACAUAUACAUCUAUAAUGUAUCGAUUGAUUUUUGUCCAGAUUCAAUAUGCUUGCUUUUCUAGGAUUCUCAUGUCACUAAACAUGCCAACUUCUAUUUAAGAUAUUCCUUUAAAAAGUACUUGCACUCUUCAGGGCUUUUAUCUUGUCCACAGGCUAUUUGCCAUAAUAUGUAACUAAUCAUCCAGAUUUCUAGUCCAGCUAAUAUUUGCAUAGUUUUUAAUUUGUCAUCAAGUAAUUUAUCCAUUUAAAUACUUUAAUAUGUAUUUGAUUCAGUGGCCACUGAGCAUACAAAUGGAACAUAAAUUGUGAUUUGUCGAGUCAACGCAUCAUAGUUCUAGGCUCGGCAUAUUUUUAAUUUGUUCCCUACAUGAUUUAAUAUUGUCCUUAACUUGAAUGUCAUCAGGAAAUAAGAUGAAUAGUAACCAGUCACAGCAGACUAACAGUUAUGUUAACUAUUUUCUAAAACUCUAGCCCAGAGGUAAUGUAUCUGCCUAUGUUCAUGGCAAGUAUGAACAACUGCACUAACCUACCAAAAUUUGCUCUGCCUUAGUGUAAAAUGUGUAGUUAUUUUAUUCAUUCUCUUUGUCCACUGUCAUACUAAUGUAGUUUAUAUUUACUAUGUCUAAAUUGUAGAUAUUAGUUUUCAUUUUUUUUUUUCUCUAAAACAUUGGAAACUUUAAAUGUUAAAAUAUUUUAGUAUAUAACCAUCUUUUAGGCCUGGUGUGCAGUCAUAUGUUGAUGUACAUAUCUAUUAAAUAAUAAAAUUACUAGAGAUUCUAAUGUGUGUAUUGGGUUAUUCAAACCUAAAGUAAUAAGAGAUUAACUGAACAUAAUUGCUAAUAGUUAUUGCCAAGUACUGUAUAUUAUUUGACAUUAUGGCAGUAAGUGACCAUUCCAGCAUUAAAACUAUAUUAUUGGGAAGUAAUAAUAUAAGAUUGUUCAGAGAAACUGAGUACUGUAUCAAAUUUAAAAUCUGAUCAUGGUAUAAGUCUGUACUUAAUAAAAAUUUCAAAGAUAAUAA